CAGGCUCUCCAUUUCAAUGCAAAAUGUAAUGUGAUGUAAGGCAAGGCAAAGCAAGGCAAAGCGGAGCCAAGCUAAGCAAUAACAACAUAUUGCCCUCAGAACAGAACAAGAGAGUGUAUGUAGCGUAGUGUAGAGGCUACGGUUGCGGCCAGAGCUUGGUUACAAUCACCAGGGGGCACUGAUCGAUCACCUGGCCAUGGAUUCCAUCACUUUAGCACACAUCCAAAGCGCGUAGAAUUGCAAAUUUGAGCCCUUUCGUUAUUGAUUCUUCUCGCUGUUGUUGUAUCUCUGCCGCGAUUGUGGGUUGUGUCGCUGCUGUGGCGAGGUUUUGAAUGUUUUUGAGCCGAGUUGCAUUGAGCCCUGUAUUGGUGUGUGCUUGGUCGGGGUCGUGGAGAUGAGGAAGAAGUGACGAGAAGGAAAUGGGGUUGUGGGGUUUGUUGAGUUUGAGGGAUUGAAGCGCUGAAGGGUAUUGAUUUUGGGUGUGGUAAUGUGGUGGUUUGGUGAUGGCCAUGGUGACUGAAAUGUAAUUAGUGUUUGGGGUUCGUGUGGAUGGAGAUGGGAAUGAGGGUGGGAAGAUGGGAGAGCGGUGGCGGUGGCGGUGGCAGAUGGCUGUGGUGAUUUUGUCGAUGAUGCUGUGAGAAUGCAGGAAGAGGUUUGGAGGUGUGCUUUGGCGGAGAAUAGGGUUUGGCAUGGGCGGUGAAAAUUUUGAGGCGUAGGCAGUGUUUGGUGGUUGCGGCGAUUGGGGAACGACAAGGCAAUUUACCGGGGAGCAGGGUUUGUGAAGGGCGCGAGGAAUGGAAUCGUGUUUACUGGAGCUUGUGUUUCGUGAACCCUAAUUUGUUUCCUGUGAGGGGUGUGUGGGGACAUGGUGCCUGAGCGGCAGCAGGAUGGGGAGGCGGAGCCGGCGCCUGGUGGUGCCAAUGCUGGUGAGAAUCCCGGGGUGAAUGAGAAUCAAAAGGAUACAAUGAGACCAAUGGAAGAUUCGGGGGAGAAGGUAUGCGUAGCUGAACAGCUCACGUCGGAAUACACGAUGCAGGAGGAAUUGAAGGAGAUGAACGCAGACUUUGUUUCUAGGGCUUUCAACAAUGAGGAAAGGACAGAGGAAUUGAAAAGAGAGGGUUCUGUGUCAUCACCUCAGACUGAUUGGAAGGAAGAGUUGAAAAGUCAGGAUAGUGUGUCCUCUCCACGGGCUGAGAAGAUUGAGGGGAGGAAGGAGCAGGCAAAUCUUGCGGAAGAGUUGAGAAUAGGGGGAAACAAGGGGAAAGGUUCUGACAGCGUAGGGCGUGGAGGCAAGGGCGCCGGGGGAAGAAGUAGUAAGACAAAGACAAAUCGAAGCAAGGGUGGUGAUGGUGCAAAUAAAAGCUCACCAACUAUCGGGGCUGCGGGUUUGCCGAGCAUGCGUCGAACCAGAAGCCAACCCGGGAGAGCCAGGGGUGGAGGAGAAAGGGAGGAGAUUUUGCAAGAACCUGGUCAAGGGAAGGAAGAACCUCAUCGAGGGGACAGUUUGAGAAGGGACAGACCGAGCAGUGAUAUGGUCGCCAAUUUGGCUGCCAAUUGUGCUGCAUGGGUUGCAUGGGUAAAACAAUGGGUUGAGAAGCAGGAGCCCAGAAGGGUGGCAGUCAGAGACUACUUGUUGCAAUUACGUGCAAGAGUGGAGUCAAAGGUGAAGCAACAUUGGCCGUUGGCACGGGCAUGGUUGAUUCUGAUCACGAGGGUGAUGCUCAUGCUCAGUCUCCUGGGUUUGGAGGCUGCGAUUCGAGGUUUUGCUUCACUAUUUCGGUUGGGAUCAGCUGCGCAUUUUCUUCUGCUCUGGUGUACUGUCAUCAGUUUUAUUCGACUUGCGGGGCUAUUCAAUUUGGUCAUCGCUCUGGUACUGGCAGCGGGAACUGUGUUUCUUGUGGGGUACACUCCGGCAAUCGCCAUGUUGGCUAUAUUCGGCGCAUUAGUACUGUGGCUCUACGGUAGUUUCUGGUUGACAGGGGCUAUAAUCAUUACUGGAGGUGCCCUGUUUGCAGCAAAUCAGGGUCGGCUUGCAGUUUCCGUCACCGUAAUUUAUGCUGUUUAUUCUAUAAUAAGUUCUGGGGGCUGGUUUUGGCUGUUAAUAUGUAUUGCCCUAUCCUUUAUUUCUUCCGACCUUGCAGUUUACUUUCUCAGCCCUGUCGACAAGGACGAGAAAUUUUCUCAAACCAAGGCAGAGCAUACACCAUUCUCUCAGCAGAAGUCAUUCAAUGGAAGGUCUUCUGAUUAUGGUGGGCCUCACUCAGACACGUAUCAGGGUAAUGCAGACAGUACUCGCUCGAGUACUGGUGCUUCUACUAGCGGAGCAAACGAAGGUGACCCAUUGUCGGCUGAGGAGGAAGUAGCACGUGUGCUGAGUUGUAAUGAUCACUAUGCUAUCCUCGGGUUUGCCCGCUAUGAGGCAUUUGAUGCAUCAAGUCUUAAAAGAGAAUAUAGGAAAAAGGCAAUUAUAGUGCAUCCUGACAAAAAUGGAGGGAAUGACCAAGCUGAAGAAGCCUUCAAGCGCUUGCAGAAUGCUUAUGAGGUUCUGUUGGAUGCGAUGAAAAAGAAAACUUAUGAUGAAGAAUUACGUCGAGAAGAAAUUCUUAUGACUAUUCGCAGACAUCAUGUGCACGCGAAUGGAAGAAAUGGUGCCCCGGAUUGUGGAUGUAAGCAUUCAGAAGAUGAUGGGGAGGACUUGCCAGCAAAUUCACGAAGGAUUUCGUGUCGAAAAUGUGGGAAUAAUCAUGCAUGGAUCUCGACCAACAAGACUAAGCUUCGGGCAAGAUGGUGCCAGGAGUGCCAGGAUCAUCACCCGGCCAAGGAUGGUGAUGGUUGGGUUGAACAGACUGUCCAAGCUUUCUUCUUCGGAAUCUUUCAAAAGGAUGAUAUUCCGCAUGCUUACGCUUGUGCUGAUGGGAUGGUGUACGAAGUGACGGAGUGGGUCCGUUGCCAGGGACUCAAAUGCCAACCCAACACCCACAAGCCCUCGUUUCAUGUGAAUACAUCGGGAAUUGGAAAGAGCCCGACAACUAAACCUAGGUCUGCAAGGGAUACACCCACUGGUGCUGACGGAUUUCCCUUUCCCGGCUUUCAUAGUAAUAUGACAGAACAAGAAUUUUUCGAUUGGGUAAAAAAUAACUCAAGCAAUUUUACUGACAUGAACGGUGGCGUUCCAUUUCCUGACGGUAGUCCAUUCUCUGAGAGGGGCUCCCCUGCUAAGCCAGGAUCAGCCACCAAAACCCGAGGGAAGAAGAAGAAAGGCAAGAAGCAAUGGUGAUUAAUUGAUUUUCCAGGCUAUAGCCAAGCACCUCACUAGCAAGCGAGGAUUUGAAUUGCGUGGCUUUUGGCAUUUUUGAAGUGCUCAUCACGGUGGCUUGACUUGUAAAGCUACAGGUCUGGUUUUGUGUGUGCGUUCUACUUUUGUGUCAACAGUGUCACGUGAAUAUUAUUGUUUUCCUCUAAUUGAGAGAUCGAUGUACCAUAGCAUUACCCUCUGAACUUGACACUAUCAUAGCCUUGUCGGCUUUCAACUACGUAACUUAAAAAAGCUGAAGUCUUAGGACUUGAUUGUAUCUUAGAUUCUGCUAGUCGCACAUACAAUCACCUUUGCAUAUGAGUGUAAUGAUCGUGUAUCUCGGGUUUGUUUCUAAAGUUCGAGGACCCAUUUGCAUUGCAACCCUUUUGUCAGUCGCUUACAGAUAUAUCCAAAGUUCUUCUGAAUUUAACCAUGCUCAAGGAGCUAUUUC